GAAGCGCACUGGUACGAGGGUGUGGGGUUUUGCAAGGGUUUUACAGAGGCGAAACCCCCAUUCAACCCCAAAUUCCCACCACCGCCACCGCCGUCGCCGCCAUGGCGCGACUCUCGAAAUCCUCGGCGCCUCGCCUCCUCUACACGCUCUGCGCCUCGCCUCCGCCGGCCUCGCGCCACCUCCAAUCGCCGCUCGCGUCGCUCCUCCUCGGCGGCCCCAGCCUCCGGCACUUCUCGUCGGGGAACCUCGCGCGGGCUGCGGCGGCGAAGGACGACAAGGAGCCGUGGUGGAAGGAGUCCAUGGACAAGCUCCGCAACAUCGGGAUCUCCGCCCACAUCGACUCCGGCAAGACGACCCUCACCGAGAGGAUACUCUACUACACUGGCAAGAUCCAUGAGAUCCACGAGGUCCGGGGGAAGGAUGGGGUCGGCGCGAAGAUGGACUCCAUGGAUUUGGAAAGGGAGAAGGGGAUCACCAUCCAGUCCGCCGCCACGUACUGCACCUGGAAGGGGUAUCAGGUUAACAUAAUUGACACACCUGGGCAUGUUGACUUUACAAUCGAGGUGGAGAGGGCUUUACGUGUUCUUGAUGGGGCUAUUCUUGUCCUUUGUAGCGUUGGUGGCGUACAAAGUCAAUCUAUAACGGUUGACCGUCAAAUGAGAAGAUAUGAAGUUCCCAGACUUGCAUUUAUAAAUAAACUUGAUCGAAUGGGAGCAGAUCCUUGGAAAGUUCUUAACCAGGCAAGGUCUAAACUUCGGCACCAUAGCGCUGCUGUUCAAGUCCCAAUUGGUUUGGAAGAAGAAUUUCAGGGUCUUGUUGACCUAGUACAGUUGAAAGCCUACUAUUUUCAUGGUUCCAGUGGUGAAAAUAUUGUCACUGCUGAGGUACCUGCCAAUAUGGAGAAUCUGGUCACAGAAAAGAGGCGCGAACUAAUUGAGAUGGUUUCGGAAGUUGAUGACAAACUUGCUGAAGCAUUUCUAAGUGAUGAGCCUAUAUCAUCUGCUGAUCUUGAGGAAGCCAUACGCAGGGCCACCAUAGCAAAAAAAUUUGUACCUGUAUUCAUGGGUAGCGCAUUCAAAAAUAAGGGAGUUCAGCCUCUUUUGGAUGGUGUCCUCAGUUAUUUGCCCUGUCCAAUUGAAGUCAGUAAUUAUGCUCUUGAUCAAAACCAGAAGGAAGAAAAGGUUGCGUUGACUGGAACUCCAGAUGGACCAUUAGUAGCAUUGGCCUUUAAAUUGGAGGAAGGGCGAUUUGGUCAGUUAACAUAUUUAAGAAUUUACGAGGGUGUCAUUCGGAAGGGGGACUUUAUCAUCAAUGUAAACACUGGAAAGAAGGUGAAGGUUCCUCGCCUCGUACGGAUGCAUUCUGAUGAGAUGGAGGAUAUUCCAGAGGCACAUGCCGGGCAAAUUGUUGCUGUUUUUGGAGUGGAUUGUGCCUCAGGCGAUACAUUCACUGAUGGGAAAGUUAAAUACACCAUGACCUCCAUGAAUGUGCCUGAGCCGGUGAUGUCCUUGGCUGUUUCCCCAGUUUCAAAAGAUUCUGGGGGACAAUUUUCAAAAGCUUUGAACCGUUUUCAAAGGGAGGAUCCUACCUUCCGUGUGGGGUUGGAUGCUGAGAGUGGGCAGACCAUCAUAUCUGGUAUGGGAGAGUUGCAUUUGGAGAUAUAUGUUGAACGAAUUCACAGGGAGUACAAGGUAGAGGCAACUGUUGGAAAGCCUCGUGUGAAUUUCAGAGAAACUGUUACACAGCGUGCUGAAUUUGAUUACUUGCAUAAGAAGCAAACUGGAGGACAGGGUCAAUAUGGUAGAGUAUGUGGAUAUGUUGAACCUCUUCCAGAAGGGUCGCCUGUAAAGUUUGAAUUUGAAAAGAUGAUUGUUGGGCAGGCCAUACCUUCCAAUUUUAUCCCUGCAAUUGAGAAAGGCUUCAGAGAAGCUGCCAAUUCGGGGUCAUUGAUCGGUCAUCCUGUUGAAAAUAUUCGCGUUGUUCUGACGGAUGGCGCUUCACAUGCUGUGGAUUCUAGUGAGCUGGCCUUUAAGUUGGCUUCCAUCUAUGCAUUUAGACAGUGCUAUUCAGCUGCAAAACCUGUAAUCUUGGAACCAAUAAUGCUGGUGGAGUUAAAAGUACCGACAGAGUUUCAGGGAACUGUUGCUGGUGAUAUCAAUAAGAGGAAAGGUGUAAUCGUAGGCAAUGACCAGGAUGGAGAUGAAACAGUAAUUUUGGCUCAGGUCCCUUUGAACAAUAUGUUUGGUUACUCCACUGCUCUUCGCUCGAUGACACAGGGCAAAGGCGAGUUCACUAUGGAAUACAAAGAACAUUCAGCUGUCUCUCAGGAUGUGCAAAUGCAGUUGGUAAAUGCACACAAGGCUAGUAAGGCUGAAUAGUUUUAGGAUAAAUAAUUCCAAUACCCAUUCUAUGUGGAUCAAAUGUCUAUUUAUUCUUUUUCCUUUGCGCUAUGUAAUAUUCUUUGUUCCAGAAGAGAGAUGUGUUAGUCAUGUACCACAGGUGAUCCAGGCGUGUGAUCAGAUAAAUUUUGUAAGCUCUAAUAAUCUCCAUGUAUUGAUAAAAAUACACAUGCGCUCGGAAAGUAGGCAGUGCAUCGCGUCUAUUUUGAA